CACCACGGACCCGCCCACCUCCCACUUCGUCCAUCUUCAAAGGCAACGAUAAUAUCAUUAGGAGCAACCUCUGCCCCCGGCAUGCCCACUGUCUAACGACUCCUUUGGCAACUUUAACGUACGUCCGUGUAAUCGCCUGCAGCGUCCCGUGUAUGCAGACGACUUCGCCUCAUCGCCGAUCGGCUCUCCAGGUCAAGCCGAUACGACACUCAGCUAAGGUAAUUCAGCCGCACCAAAUUUGAGCCAUACGUUCGGAAAGCGAGCCCGUAUUGGCACAAUUCUGAUGAUAAUUUAGGGGCUGGGUGAUUGUUAGGAAUCAAGCGCCCCAGGAGCCUCCUUGAUUGCAUCUCGUCGUAUAAGCCCUUCUGAUAUCAUUCCCGACAACUUGAGUACGAUACUAUAAACGCGCUUUCUAUAAAUCUACUGCCAAGUCUCGCGAUUCAACAUGUUCAGCGGUCAAAAAAAACCGUAUACGGCUGUGACCGUACACAUCGAUCGUCUUACUAGCGAAGAGUACGAAGAAAAUGACCUCAGUGGAAUUCCUGAUCUUGUCGAAGUAAUUCGAAUACAAGACACUGGUCCCACAGAAGCUGCAAGAGCAAUACGCAAGAAGUUGAAAUAUGGUAAUAUGCAUCGACAGUUGCGUGCAUUGACCAUCUUAGAUGGUCUAAUGCAGAAUGCUGGUACCCGCUUUCAGCGAACAUUUGCAGACGAACCGUUACUGGAGCGCUUGAGACUUCUACCACGUGACGAUUUGGUCGAUCCUGAUGUACGAGCCAAAUGCAACCUUCUGUACCGGCAGUGGGCUGUUGCGUACAAGAACACUCCAGGCAUGAGUAGCAUUGCAACGCUUCACAAACAACUACCUCGUACGAAAAAGCCACAGCCCUCUCAGUCCCGAGUUGUUCGCGAAACAGAAGAGCAGGCUCAACAAGACUCCCCGCCAACGUCUCCAGUCAGAACUACACGUAGCCCUGCAGUUUCUAAUGCUGCGGCUACAUCUUCUGGAUGGACGCCACAGCCUAUCUCCCUGGAGAAGACCGAAAAAUCGUCUUCAUUCUUCGGCAAGUCAUCAAAAGACAAGAAGGGAAGCAAGCGCAAAGCCUUCAAUUUGGAGAAAGAAAAGGCCAAGAUUACCGAGACUAUUGGGAAUGCGAAUCUUGCUGCCACAAAUCUAUACAAUGCUCUCAAACUCAUCAACCGCGAACACCAACGAGUUUCUGAAAACGCGGAGUGCGUGAAUCGCUUCGAAACCUGCAAAGUCCUCCGCCGGCAGAUUCUUCGAUACAUUCAACUCGUAGAAAGCGAGAAAUACUUGGGCAGCUUGUUGUCAGCCAACGACGAGCUCGUCAAAGCACUCAUGGCAUAUGAGUUCUUGGACAAGAGCAUUGACGCUGAUAGUGAUAGCGACUUGGAAUACGAGUCUGCGAGACUUGCAAGGAGGACAUCCGGAGCAGGUGAUCAAAGUGAAGCCUUCGCUAAACUAAGCUUGAAUGAGGCUGUUGAUGCGCCAGUCAAACCGCCGAGACCAACAGGGCUUGCAAUGCCAUCUGUCCCUAGUAGCUUCGGAAAACAACCUUCCUCUGAGCCGGAAAGCGAGGAAGAGGAUGACGAUGACGAUGACGACCCGUUUGCGGACAGAAAUGCAGUGAAAACACCUCAUGUAGAGAAGAGCGGAUUAACUUGGCGUGAUGUUUAAACCCUGUCUUGCGCUGCAUCAUUUAGCUAGUCAAUGCUUUCGUCUCCGUUUUGAGGCAGCCGUUCUGAGGCAGAUUCCCUCCAUGAAUUCAAGUUCUCCAUCGUUCUUAUCAACAGGCUUCUCUUAGACCACUUGUCCUAUCUUAUAAGAAGCGUUCAGACCGUCUCAAUAGCAUGCUGUGUUGAAGGUGCCAAGACUUUUCCAGUAACCGUCGUAGAGCGUCUGGAACAGUCUAGCGAUGAGAAGGAAACUGUGGCGCAAGGAUAAUCGCCUGAGAUUGGUGUAUCACGCUGAAUUCAAGCAUCGAAAUCGCGAUUGACUACCUUGACGCCGAGUUACAAAGAUUAUAUUCAAUCAAUCGUCCGGUUUGAAUAUACUUGGCGCUGGAAAUGAGCAUGCCAAUUGCUACUCUUU